AUGGCUCCCAUCCGCGUCGCUCUCCUCGGCCUAUCUAAUUCCGCUGCAACAUCUUGGGCCAAGGGCGCCCACCUUCCGUACCUACUGUCGCCUCGGGGACGGGCCAAAUACGAGAUUGUCGCCCUGGUUAACUCCUCGAUCGAGAGUGCGCAAAAGGCCAUCAAAGACUUUAACCUUCCACCCGGGACAAAGGCCUACGGGGACCCACAGUCAGUGGCCGCGGACCCGGACGUCGACCUUGUCGUCUGCAGCGUGCGUGUUGACAAGCACCACCAACUAGUCCGCCCCAGUAUCGAGGCGGGAAAGGCCGUGUAUUCCGAAUGGCCACUGGCGCAAGAUUUGGACCACGCCAGGGAUUUAGCCGACUUGGCUCGCGAGAAAGGCGUUCGUACAUUGAUUGGCACCCAGGGACGGGUAGCGCCAGUUGUUCUCAAGAUCCGGGAGCUGCUCGAGCAGGGGCGGAUUGGAAAGGUCCUCAGCUCCGAGGUUAGAGCUGCUGGAGGAACCAAUGAUAGGAGCAUUCUGCCGACUUUCAUCUCGUACUUCGCUGACCGAAGCAUCGGUGGAAAUGUUGUUACUAUCGGAUUUGCACAUGUUUUCGACGCCGUUCUGACUGCCAUCGGGGAAGUGGGCAACCUACAAUCAGUCGUACAACUUCAGCGGCCCAGUGUUCCCAUUCAAGACCGGGAGACAAAGAAAAUCGUCCAGACUAUCAAAUCCGAUGUUCCUGAUCUCGUGAUUGCCACCGGAACGUUCCUGCCAUCCAAAACUGUCCAGGACGGAUCUACGCUUCUCUUCCGUUUCCGCCGUGGCCAACCGUUUCCCGGUGAGGAACCCCUAGUCUGGACCAUCAAUGGCGAGAAAGGUGAGAUCCGGCUGGUAUCGCCGGGUGGCACCGCCAUCCAAGCCAACGCCUUCACGGAGCCUAUCGUGAUAAAGGUUCACGACUUUGAAACGGACUCGGUGGAGCGAGUCAAUUGGGACUGGGCCGACUGGCAGAAGGAGUUGCCUGAGAUUUCCAGGAAUGUUGGCGGCUUGUACGAGGCGUUUGCGGAUGGAGAUGGAGGGCGGUACCCUACCUUUGACGAUGCCCUGAAACGUCAUGAGCAAGUAGACGCCAUUCUGUCAGGCUGA